AUGGGAAACGUACCGGGGAAACUGGAAAACGAAGGCGUAGCGAGGCCCAACAGGUCCAUGAGCGCCUCUGCAGCACAAACGCCUAGCGGAAGGAAUGGAACGACAACAGCUGGCGCGCGAAGCCAACGCACGUCGUCGCUCGUAGGAACCCUUCUAAGUUCCAGGCGCAGAUCAAGCUCCUCCGAAGUUAACGGAAACGGAAACCCAUAUAAGCGCAAAUCAACUAAGGACAAGGAAAAGAUGGAGGAGCGCCAUGUGAAGCAACUCAUAGUGAAGUACAACGAGACGGUAGAUGGCGGGUUUCUUGCUCCAUUCGGCAGCUGCGGUACCGACAAGCUGGACUACGACGCUAAAGUGGUUAAGAACCUGAUAAUGGAGCGGCGACUGGCACCAUUUUACACACCGCUCCAGGAUUUCGACGACUCGUGGAGUCGCGAAGAAGUGAUCAAGAUCAUCGAAGCAUUACCUUUGCAUGCACCUUUUAACGAGAACCUUGAAACCUUUGAAGACGUUCCCAUCGGUGACCUAUCACAAAACGAUAUCGACCAUCUCAUAGACAAGACGCUCUCUCGGCGUGAGCAACGCCGCAUGAGGUCCAAGAUUUUCAAGGCCAGGCUUUACAAGAAGAGAAUCAUCUGGCAAGAAAGGGAAAAUGAAAGAUUCUUUGAAAGUAAAAUAGAGGGUAAGCAAAGUAAGCUGCAAUCAAACCCUAACUUGCCAAGUGAUGACCUGAAGUACGCCAUGUACAGUAGUGGAGCAGAGUGCCCAAUUUGUUUCCUGUAUUACCCCCAGCCCAUUAACAUGUCGAGAUGCUGCUUGCAGCCAAUUUGCAGCGAGUGCUUUGUACAGAUCAAAAGGGCAGAGCCUCACUUCCCGCAUGACGAAGAGGACCCUUCGAAUCCGCAGGAUGAGGAGAAAGACCCCAACAUGCUGACUUCCGAACCCACAAACUGCCCUUACUGCGCUACUCCCGACUUCGGUAUCACGUACGAGGCUCCCGCUGACCGCAAGGUUGGACUGCAAGGACUUGCGCCUUCUUCUUACGUGUACCACAAGAAGGAUUCUCCAGAACAAGAUUCCGUCCCGCGUACUCCGGAUCGCCGCGGCUCGCUGGCGUCCACAGACCAACGGGUGGUUACUUCGGAUUCAUUGAGACCCGAUUGGCAGGUAAAGCUCAACAAAGAGCGCAUGCGUCUUGCAAGGCGGUCUGCGAACGCAACGGCAAUCCACGUUAGCAACCAGCUGGUUACCCCAGGACAUCAAGCAUCGGCUGGUGUCACGUCAACAUCUGCACCACGCUCAAAUUCUAACGACAACGCCGUGGAAUUUCAGCAUUCGUCUCCUACACCACUGUGGCCAGCCAAUGCCACGGCUGCUGAGAUAGAGAAUCAUAUGAUUGAGCAAGCCAUAAAGCUUAGCUUAGCCGAACACGAGCGAGAAAACUCUCCAAAGAAGAGGUAG